AUGGCGGAACCACCAGUACUUCCCGAUGAGUUGCACGGGGAGAUCCUGAGACGGGUUUCCGUAAAAUCCCUGAUGCGAUUUAAGUGUGUCUCCAAGACUUGGCUUCCAACCCUCUUAGAUCCAUCUUUUACCAAAACCUACGGCGGCGGUUCUCGAGUUAACUCGUACAAGUUGCUCUCCGUCGGUCACAAGUAUCAGAUUCUGACCGUUGAGAAGGAUUCCACCUGGAGAGAUAUUGAUCCACCUCCUGUGGAUAUAAAUCAUCGUGAAGGAGUUAAUUACUCAGAAGGAGUUCUUUACUGGUUGACCUCUUGGGACCGCAAUGAGAUGGUAACUUUUGAUCUUGUUCAGGAGAAGUUCCAAUCAAUUCCCCUGCCCGAACGUAAUGUAAGUUACCAAUUGGUGAAUUCCGGGCCUGUGGCUGUCAUGUCAGAAGCAUAUCCCGGAAAUCGGUGGUCGGUCAUAUAUUAUAACAGCAACAACAACAACAACAACAACAGGAGAAUUUCUCCUAAAGGAGCUUGGAGUGAUGAUGAAGUAAUGUAUGAUCUGUCGUCUCAGGAGGAAACCGGACUUUUCCCUGAGGGACUAUUUCCUGAUGGAAAGAUGCUACUAUAUUCUUCUCAGGGACACAGUUACUUGUUCGAUCCAAUCCAAAGGGAAACCAAGGAGAUUGGGACAGCCUCUGAAGAAUUUAGGAAUAUCCGUAAUUGGACGGGUGGUUCUGUAAUAAGUGGAAAUCCGUCCACAUUAUCAAUGGUGGAACCAGUACUUCCUGACGAGUUGCACUGGGAAAUCCUGAGAUGGCUUCCAGCUAAAUCCUUGAUGCGAUUGAAGUGUGUUUCCAAGAUCUGGCGUUCAACCAUCAUGGAUAGAUCUUUUCGCAAAGCCUACUGCGGGGGUUCUCGAGGUCUUUUAAUGCAUAAGAAGUCACUUUUCUACUUGUUCAGGCUGGAUGAUAUUGAGGAGGAGAAUGAUGAUGGCCCCAAUACUUGUCAAGUUUCUCAUUACUCAACCGUUAAACACGGCUGUGACCAUGAGAUGCAAGCAACCGGCGUAGUGAACGGAUACCUAGAUGGUAGUGAUCGCAAAAAUUAUUAUCUUGGUUUUGAUCCCGACAUCAAACUGUACAAACUUCUGUUCAUUAAACGAUUUCGUAUUGCCAGCAAUCUUCUUCAUACUAAGUGUCAGAUCCUGACGAUUGGCGCGGCCUCGUCCUGGAGAGAUAUCAGUCCACCUUCUGUGGAAAUAAACAGUGCAAGUGGUUACUCGGAAGGUGUUCUUUACUGGUUGGGACGUGACCAUGUCGUUGCCUUCGAUCUUAUUCAGGAGAAGUUCCGAUCAAUUCCUCUGCACAAAGCUGGUUUACGAUGCUUUUUGCUGAAUUUCGGGAAUAUGGCUGUCAUGUCUAUAUGGGAUGCCAAUGAUAAGAGGUUGAUUGCACGUUACAACAACAUCAGGGGACAUUCUGGAGAGUCAUUGGUUGGUGAAGGGGCUUGGGAUAAGAAAGUACAAUUUAUUCUGCCAUCUCAAGAGUUCAAUCUUUUUCCAGGGGGAAUUCUUCCCAACGGAAAGGUGCUUAUGUUUCCCUAUGAUAAAAGUCCCUUUGAUCAGUUACCAGCUUCCUUUUACUUGUUUGAUCCGAUCAAGAGGGAAACCAAGGAGAUAGUGAUUGAGGUAGAUCCUUCCGUAGCAUCCGAAUUAUUGGGGGAUGGUAGCAAACGUCGGGCUCUUCUUCUUCGAGGGAGCUAUUAUGAGGAAAAUAUCAACUCGUUGAGAUGCUUAACUUCCGCAUCGUAG